GGGCAUUGUGAACGCCUACUGAAAAAUGUAAAUAGAUCGGAGAUAAUGUGAACAAUAUUAUAUAGCGACCACCGUCGAUAGGUUGUGUAGUUUCAGAAAACAACAUGUUUGUUUCAGCACGUGUACUUGUCUUAUCAAUAUGGACAACUCUCUUAUAUGAGGCUUUAGCUUCUCUAGACAGAUGUCCCAGUGUCUUCCAUCGCAUCGGAGGAUAUAAAACUGAAAAUGGAGAGAUGUGCUAUACAUUUGUUAACACAGAAAAGACAUGGGUUGAUGCUAACAGUCAGUGCUGGUCCUGGGGUGGAGAGCUGAUCUCUAUCAAGAACAUGAAUAAAAUGAGUUUUGUGAUUCACACCCUGAACUCAGUCUUGAGGUGGAGAAAUAACGGGGUGUGGAUCGGGGCUCAUGACAGACAUGGCCGGGGGUGGCAGUGGACUAAUGGGGAGAGGCUGAGCUGGGGGUAUUGGGCCUCUGGACAGCCCAGUAAGACGGGGGGAUUCAUUUCAUUAGAGGACUGUGCCUUGAUGAGACGAGGUGAUGGCUGGAGAUGGCAUGACUAUCAUUGCGAUUCUUCAUUCUUCUACACGUACAAAUUCAUCUGCCAGUUUCAUAAAUUGAAUCAAGGAGAGGGGUCUGUAAGCUCAGUGGUGGGCGGGGACACAGACUCAGACAGUACUGGGAGUGAUACAGGAAUUUUAGCAGGGAUUAUUGUAGGAGGAGCUAUCCUAAUUUUGAUAGGAGCCAUUGGAACUCUUUUGUUAAGAAGGAGAAGGCAGAAAAAAUUUGAGGAACCAUCAGUCCAGUUCCAAAACCUAGCCUACUCACGAGUGACCAGUGGUGGACAGGACGGGAAUAUGGCCAGCAAUGUUUACAUGGACACUAACGAGAUGAAUCGUUUAUAUGAGGAGGUAAACAAACAAGUGAAUCACGGUGUGAACUGCUUCAGUGGAACUGUGCUAGACAUUCAGGUACCGAGAUCUGAGUCCGAGGACCAGGAGAACGCCUGCUGCGGGGGAAUGUCAGAGGAAAGUGAUCUCAAAAAGCUAAAUAACCUCACUCACGUGGUUAUACCAACAGACACCAAAAAUCCUCCUGACAUAACUGAGAACCAUUACGUAGAUAUGAGCACAGCAAACAAAGCAAAGGAGACAAAUCGCCUCAUGGAAGCCAGUCGAGUGGUGGAUCCUAGCAAACCCUCAAACCUGGGGGUGGAGAGGGAACCCAUGCCCCUCCCAGUAUAUGCUAACAGUUUGGAGAAUCUUCGAGAGGGAACCCUGGAACUGACCAGCACAUUGUCAUCACAGUCACAGGAGUCUACGUACAUCAACAGAAGGGAGGGGUUUGAAGUGGAUGAAGAUGGGUACAUGAGUCCUAGAUCCACCCUCCACAGUGACAGUGACACAGAGUUGAUGGGGGCAGAUAAAGACCCCCUCUAUGAUGAAAUUCGUUAAAUUCAGAGCAGAUCUUGUCUGUAAAUUAAUGUGUUCUGUUAAUCAGUUGACUGUUAAAUGUUUGGAAAAGCCUUCCUAGUUUGUUUGAAUAGAAAUAUUGAGAGGAAAAAUAUCUGAAUUUAUUACAAUAUAUAAAAUAAAUUUGUAAGAAUGAAAUAUUAAGAAGAACUAUGAUAAAUGAAUUAUGCUGUUUUGAGAAAUCAGUACAUCUACUGUUCAAAUUUUAAAUAUCCGUAUCAAAAUUAAGCACUUAAGUACAGCAUUAUUUGAGAAAACUGGUAUGUAAUUUGCAAAACAUAUUGGCACAUGAGAGGAGCUUAAAAAUUGUGAUUGGGAUGCAUGGUUCAUGUGUAACAGUGUAAAAAGUUAGAAAUUUUGACUUGUCAAUGAAUUUUCCUUUUCUAUGCUAAUUUGGUAAGUAUAGUUGUUAAUAAAUUUAGAAUUGUUUUUUUUUAAUGAAUUUUGUAUGUAUUUUUGCCAUGUAUAUAAUAUUCAUUAUUGUGUACAUGUACUUCAGUAUUCAAAUCUUAGUUCAUGACAAAAAAUUACACUCAUUUUACAUACAUAUAAAGAAUUCGACCACAACAGAUUUAUUUUAUAUAUCUCUUGGAGUCUUUACAGUUUGUGUAUUUUAAAGAAGAAAAUUUGAUUUUAAUAUGCUGAUUAUCUGAUGUACAUGUCUUAGAAAUUGAUAGGAGAAAUUCAUGAUGUGCCUAGUACUGCCCAUUGUAAUGUGAUAUUGUUUAUAUAUAUCAAAUAUUUGCAUAUGAUUUCGUGUGUAAUCAUUUUGAUACAGAAAAUUGCUUAGUUACUGAUAAAUUUUAGGAUUAUGUUUGAAUUAUUUAUCGCGAUAAUCAUUUCACAUGACAUUAAAAUCAGAAAGGGUUGUCAAGAAAAUUGUGCAUUAAAAGAAUUACACUGCUUUACUCUGUCAUUCACCAUUUCUUAGGGGACCAAAUAUUUACUAAAAUGGCUCAUCUAAUUGUUUUAUUUACAUUCCUUUUUUGAAUUUUGAAACUGAAAGAUUUUUUUAAAAGUAAACCGCUGAGUUUUGUGUGUUUAUUUAUAGGUCAGUGUCUAUAUCAAAUGAUAUUUAAUGCUUUUGUAGUCCCUAAAAAUUGUUAUUCAAUAACAUUUUUUUUACAUAUGAUAUAUCAUAACAAUAUGCAUGUUAAUGUUGCAUUGUAACCAAGCUUUUGUGAACUUUAUUUUAAACAAUACCUGACCU